AUGGCAACGCGGGCGAUGCAGCAGCACUUCGCGCUCGCAACGCCUGGCGUCUUCAUCGAGGACUUCUCCUGCGCGAUCAAGCGCCGCAUCAUGCUCCACGGGCGGAUGUACAUCUCAUCAGAGUACGUCUGCUUUCGGUCUGAUAUUUUCGGCGUCAAGACGGUGGUGGUCCUUCCGCUGCGCGAGGUGGUUUCGUUCCGCAAGUCGGUCGCCGACAUCAUCAAUCCCAGCAUCGAGAUUUGCACCGCCUCCGACCGGCACGUCUUUGCGUCCUUCUUUGCGUCGAGAGGCUGUGAGAUCGUCGUGAGCGCGGACCUGGUCUUCAGCCGCUCCUCGUGGGAGCUCACCUUCUCGUGGAUGUCCUUCAUCGCUGGCACCGGCUCCGCGGUGACGUCCGCCGCCAAGGCCAUCCUCUCCAAGAAGGUGCUCGACGGGAAGUCGCUCGGGGAGAACCUCACGCCCGCAAACAUGUUCGCCGCGGCGACCUGGCCGCGCGCCGCCGCGCUCGCCCGCGUGUGGCUGCUGCCGCUGCUCGCGCUGCUCGCCGGCUGCUGCUCGAGCCACCUUGUGGGCAUGCUCGCCUUGCUGCUCGACGGCACGGUGCGAGGCCCGCCGCCCGACGGGUCGCACCCCUUCUCCCCCGGCCCCCCGCCGGCGUGCCGCUCGUACCCACCGGCGGCGGGACGCACCCCGCUCCCGCUCGGGAUCCCUUCCACCCUGACAGAGUUGGAGUAG